AUGCUUCCUAGGAAUGAUUUAUUAGUAAAACAACAAAAAAGUGUGAAAAAUGGGCAGUACCUAUAUCCAGCAAUUAAACAGAGAGGAUAUUACUCAGACAUUGUCUCUUUUGGAGAAAGUCAUAAACUACAGGAAACUUCCCAUGGACCAAGUCAUAUGGUACAAAGUAUUUCAUGGAAUAUCCCUAAAGAAAAAUAUACUCCUUCAGUUAAUAUAUUUGACACCAGUCAUGAAUCACUCAUGCAAAAGUUUGUAACAGAGAUCCAAGGACCAACUACAGAAUUAACAGCUGUUUCAGAUUUCCCAUGGAAAGCAUCAGAACCAAAGGUUCAGCUGCCUUAUUAUACCAGUCCUGGAGAGUGUCCUCGGAAAAUUGAAAUUGAAAGACGCAGACGUCUCUAUAGGUCACUUGAUUUAGCUAAAUUAUUGCUUACAGAAGGCAUAUCCUCUGCUGAUUUGAACCCUAAGAACAUUUCUUAUAAUGAAAAAGUAUUACUUAAUGCUAACACACAAGAUCCUGCACCCUUUUCUUCAUAUCUUGCUCUGGAAAUAUUUGACAAUGAAGAAUAUGACUGUCGCACUCCUUCUGAAUGGUUACAUUUAGGAGAAGAAGAGGGCAUACUGAAACCAAUUCCUGGAUUUGCAUUUCUGCCUAAUUGCAAUCAUGAGUCUUCUGAUCUUCUGAACUCUAUUAACACUGAUGAUACUUUUGCAUGGCAUGAAGUUGGUGUAAUCGGCUACAACCCUGAUUCAAAAAAGUAUCUUGUUCAUAAAGUCAAUUCAGAGGGACGUGUAGUUGACAUUUAUGGAAAACCAAUUAUGAUACAACCAGAAAUGAUUAUUGAAAUUACAGAUGCAAUUAUUGUCUCUUCAAAAGGUUCCUUAAAUUUGGGGAUUAAUCUGGACAAACCAACAGCAUGUCCCAAUUUUUUUGAUGAUAAGUUACUGGACUCUCAGUUUUGGGUUCCACGCAUUUUCUUACUAUUUUGUGCCGAAGACCCUCGCAUGUUUGCUAAGCGUAUUGCAGAAGCAUUCCAUGAAAGAAAACAAACAGAAGCUUUAUUACGGUAUCAUCUUUAUGUUGAUUGCAUGCCUAUGGAUGGAGUAGGUGAGUUAGACCAAGCUUCAUUAAAGAGAAUGAUUGACUGGGCAAGAAAUACGUGUGGCAUUAUCAAAGAUAAAAGUCUGGAUGAUUAUAUUCAACUUUUAGAAAAAGAAGUGAACAUUGACUUUUGUCGAUCAAUGAAUAAAAUUAUCUUUGAUAAAAUUGUUUGUGAAGAUCAAAAUACAUUUGCAUUUGUAACAUUACCUAAAGCAAAUGAAGAUAUCGUACCCACAAAAGGAGUCUGUGCUGAUGUACCAACUUAUCCUUUUGAUGAACAAUAUGACAAAUUUGCUUUUACCAGUUUCUUGACACGAGAAGAAAGUAUACAGACUUGUGUGAAGCUGCGAACUGAGUGUAACAAAGUAGGAAUAAUGUCUUUAUUUCAUGUACCAACCACAAAACCAAUGAAAAUUGAUGAAUUUGAACAAACACAAUCACAAGCAACUUCUCAGGUAUCUUUAUUUCUCAAGGACAGUUGGAUCACAACACUACGAGCUGCUAUUCGCACAAGCCUCAGAGAUAUUGGCAAAGGAUGGUUCAACAUACAUGAAACAAACUGGGAAGUUUACCAAAAAUCCAAACUGAAAAAAUUUAUGGAAAUGGUUAAAUUCAUGAUGCAGGAUACUCUUAGAUAUUUAGUCAAUGAAUCAUUGAUGAACUUCACUCGAAUGUUGAAAGAUGCAUGUGCUUGCACUUUUGAUUUGAAAGAGCCUUUUACUUGGAAAAAUGAUAUCAUAAGCAGUCCAUUCAAGCCUCUUAAAAAUACUCUGUUCUAUGUAGAUUUUGUGCUUGAUGACAAUGGGCCUCAUUAUAGCACAAAUUUAGCUACAUUUGAAACUUCUGUAAUUGCACUGUUUGACAAAGGCAUUAGUUCUACACAAGCUGUACCACAACUUGAAAAGUAUAUUUUAGAAGAUAUAUUCUGGUCUGGAACACCUUUAUUAGAAUCUGUUGGAGAACAUGAACCACAUGUAGAAGUAUUGCGUGAAACUAUACGACUUGCAGUGCACCAGUCCCUCAUUCCAAUGAAUGCUUACGCUGAAAGAUAUAAAAAAUAUGUUGAUAUUUACAAUCUUGAUGUUACUAAAUAUAUCAAUGACUUUGCUGCAGAAGAGCAUACUGCUCUUGAAAUACAAGCAGAAGUUGAGAAGCACCUACAUGAAAAAGAAAUUCUUGAAGAAAACAUUCCAACAAGUAUUGUUAUUGGGCCAUUCUGGGUUGCUACUGCUAAUGUACGUGAAUUGUUAGCCAAGAAAAAGAAGUCUUUGAGUAUCGCGUUACUCGACCUUUUGUCAAAGCAGUUGCGUAAACGAUGUGACAAUGUCUCUGAAGAAUUCAAAAUAAUCAGUCGCAAAUUGUCAGAAAAGCCUAACUGUAUUGAAGAACUGGAUGAACUUCGAGAAUGGAUGAAAACUAUUCCUGAAAAAUUAAAGGAACACCAAGAGAACAUUGACAAGAUAAUGCAUGAUUAUGGACUUUUGGAGAACUUUUUCUACAACCUUUCAAAUGAUGAUUUUCUUUGCAUGUGGACUACAAUUGGCUGGCCACAUAAAAUUUAUAAGCAAAUGGAAACUACUAUGGUAACUCAUGAAGCUGAUGAAGAAAGAUUCCGAAAACUUCAGCAGUUUGACCAAGCAGCAUUUAAUGAAAAACUCGAUUCAUUAGCUGUAAGUAAAAAUUCAUGA